AUGCUCGCUCCUACUAUGAUCCGCUCUGCUGCUCUCGCUACUGCCAAGCCCAUGGCUAUUCGUCCUGCUGCAAGCCGUCUUUAUUCCACAGUGAUUACAUCGGUGCCCAAGGCUGAUUACCUUGACAGAGAAGUUGGUCAACAUCCUCAAGCCAUGCCUUUGACAAAUACCACCGUUUACGCAGCUCAAGGUGAAGCUGUUACCUCCACUUCUUCAGAACCUGUGUUCUCGACACCAUCCUUUAGCCCUACCGUCAACGUCGUCUUUGAUGAUUAA